GCCCUUUCCUGUCAGCUGAUUGGCUGGGGCGGAGGCGGGAAGGACGGAGGGCGCUGAGGGGCCGCGCUGCCCAGUUCUAAACCUGAAGUAAACAGGAGAAAAACUUGCAAUGCCUUCUGAUGGGGCAGAAUAUACAAUUGGGGGGGUGAAGAUCCUCUUCCCCUGCAAGGCUUACCCCUCCCAGCUCGCUAUGAUGAAUGCUAUUGUUAAAGGCUUGAAUAACAGGCAGCACUGUUUGCUGGAGAGCCCUACAGGAAGUGGCAAAAGCUUGGCAUUACUUUGUUCUGCAUUAUCGUGGCAGCAGUCUUUGUAUGAGAAAUCAGUGCCAACCUCAUCAUGUGAGAAGGAAGAGAGGAAGGCAGAGCCGCCCCCACCGUGUCACUGCAAAUGUCACUCCCAGUCUAAGAGCAACGAGGCUGCAACGAGUGGGACUCACAGUGCUCCUUCUUCUGCCAAUAAUCCUGACACGGGAACUUCCAGGAAACCUGGAAGCCCAUUGACAAACACAGAAUGUAAGGAAAAUGAAACACUAGCUUCAAAACUGUCUGCCAAAAAAAAGUUAUCUCUUCGUGACAGUGAGAAUGAUGACUUUCAAGUAGACAGGAAAAGGAUUCGUCCUUUAGAAACAGAGCAGCAGCAGGUUAGAAAACGUCACUGCUUUGCAAAAGGAGUGCAGCUGGUUGAUGCUUUAGAAGUUUAUCACCAGAGAAAAAACGGAGAGUUGACUGUUCACUCUGAAAAAAGCAUGAAAACCACUAGUUUUGCUCCCCAAACACCUCCUGGCCCUUGCACUGAGUGUUCCUGUUCUUUUGGAAAAGAACCUGAUAAAGAUCCCAGUCACGCAAAGAAGAAAGAAAAUGGAGAUCGGUUGUGUGUUCCCAAAAUUUUUUUUGGGACACGAACACACAAGCAAAUAACGCAGAUCAGCAGGGAGCUGAAGAGGACAGCGUAUUCUUGUGUCCCCAUGACAAUCCUUUCCAGCAGGGAUUAUACCUGUAUUCAUCCAGUGGUAUCCCACAGUAGUAACAGGAAUGAAAUGUGUGUAGAAUUGCUGGAAGGAAAGCAAGGCAAGUCCUGUUCUUAUUACCAUGGUGUUCAUAAGCUCAGUGAGCACCAUGCCCUGCAGUCUGCAUCCAGGGUGUACCAGGCUUGGGACAUUGAAGACCUGGUGAGCCUGGGCAGGAAGCUUCGUGCCUGUCCCUAUUUUGCAGCCAGAGAACUCAUGAUGGAGGCAGACAUCGUGUUUUGUCCUUACAAUUAUCUCCUGGACCCACAGAUCCGGGAGAGUAUGGACAUUAAGCUAAAAGACCAAGUAGUCAUCUUGGAUGAAGCCCAUAACAUUGAGGACUGUGCUCGGGAGUCCGUGAGCUACGGGGUUACCGAGAGCCAGCUCAGAGCUGCCCGAGAGGAGCUCGAUUUCAUGGUCAACAACAACAUCAGGCAGAAGCAUCAUGAGCCCCUCCGAGCCGUGUGCUGCUCCUUGAUAAACUGGUUGCAGGACAGCUUUGGGCAGCUGGUAGAGAGAGCCUAUGAAACUGCCUGUAAGGUGUGGAGUGGCAAAGAAAUGCUCAACUUUUUGCACAAAAUGGGAAUAACUGGGAUUAGUUUUCCCAUUUUACAGAAACACCUUGCUACUGUCCUGGAAAAAGAAGAAAAAGUGUCUAUGUAUGGGAGAGAGGAACUUAUUGAGGUGCCAGUUGUGAGCCCUGCAACACAGAUAGUGCUCAAAGGCUUGUUCAUGGUCCUUUCCUGUCUCUUCAAAGAUAACAGCAGAUUUGCAGAUGAUUACAGGGUUGCUCUACAACAAACUUACACCUGGAUGAGUGAAAACCAGCAUGAUGAUGCAGAUACAAGUUCCUUCUUCACAAGGCCUAAGCACAAAAAGAGUUCAAGGCAGAAAACCCUUGUCCACAUGCUGAAUUUUUGGUGCUUGAACCCUGCUGUGGCUUUUUCUGACUUAAAUGAAGUUAGAACAAUUGUUCUGACAUCAGGCACACUCUCUCCCAUGGAUUCCUUUUCCUCAGAGCUUGGUGUGAAGUUUUCCAUUCAGCUGGAGGCGAAUCACGUUAUCCGGAAUUCCCAGGUUUGGGUCGGCACUGUUGGAGCAGGCCCCAAUGGGCGGAAGUUGUGUGCAACAUUCCAGCACACAGAGACCUUCGAGUUCCAGGAUGAGGUGGGAGCACUGCUGCUUUCAGUUUGUCAGACAGUUGGCCAAGGAAUUUUGUGCUUUUUGCCAUCCUAUAAGAUGCUGGACAAGUUAAAGGAUCGUUGGAUGCACACUGGCUUGUGGAGAAACCUGGAGGAUGUUAAAACAGUCAUUGCAGAGCCCCAGGGAGGGGCCAAGAGUGACUUUGAUGAGCUGCUGAAAAUCUACUAUGAUGCAAUCAAAAGUAAAGGAGAAAAAGAUGGAGCUCUCCUGAUAGCUGUGUGCAGAGGGAAGGUCAGUGAGGGGCUGGAUUUCUGUGAUGAGAAUGCCAGGGCAGUUGUGACCAUCGGAAUCCCCUUUCCAAACGUGAAGGACCUUCAGGUUGAAUUGAAGAGGAAGUACAAUGACCAGCACAAAAGUACAAGAGGCCUUUUAUCAGGGAGUCAGUGGUAUGAAAUUCAAGCUUACAGAGCUCUUAACCAAGCCCUGGGAAGGUGUAUAAGGCACAGGAAUGACUGGGGGGCUCUUAUUUUAGUUGACGACCGCUUCAGGAAUAACCCCACUAAAUACAUAACUGGAUUAUCUAAGUGGAUCCGUCAGCAGAUCCAGCACCACGGGAAUUUCGGCAGCGCUCUGGAAUCCCUGCACGCGUUUGCCCUCAGAAACCAGGGGACUGGGGAUGCUUCCUCAGAGCACGGCAGGGAAUUCCCUUCCCAUUCCAGGGACCUGUCACAAGGCUCGCAGCAAGAGGCAACCAUUCAUCUGUCACCAGAUGUUCCUGCUAAAAGUCAGGGGCAGAAUUUGGGCUCAGAAGUUCAUUUUACUGCAGCCAUCAGCUCAGUUCAUCCCACAGCAUCAGAUCAGCCAAGUUGCAGCACGGCAACAGUGAAACAAAGUGACCAAAAAGUUGAUGUAGAGAGCCAUUCUCACCACGUAGAACAAAGAAGGAAACAUAUGGACUCCUCCCCCAAAAUGCCAGCAAUUAAAAUGGAGACAGAAAAAAUGAAUGGAUGGACUAAUGCUGAUAUUGUGGAAGAGAAUUGCUGCUCUAAACCACUGACUUCAACUCCUGUGGCCAAGAACUGCAGGGCCACAGUGAGCAGCAGACAGGAGCAUGUGAAUUGGCCUAGUGACCUUAGUGAUAAUUUAAAUCAAUGCCAAUCAUCAUUAAUUGCAGAACAUAAACCAAGCGGACCAGAAUCAUGUUUGGAAACAACUCAUUUUUCAGUUCAAAAUGCUGAGGCUCCAGCUGCUGAAGGACAUCCUGAUAAACUCCAGCUUCCAGCUGAGCCCUGCAGGGAUUUCCCUUCAGCAGCAGGGAGAGCUGAGCCUUCAGCAUUAAAUGUGGCUGAGGAUGAGGAUGAGAGCAUUUACUUCACCCCAGAACUCUAUGAUGAUGCAGAACCAGAGGAACAGAGAAUUGAACCCCACCUUCCGGCCUGCUGUGCUGUUGGGAAUUGGGUGGAAUGUGGGAACUCCACAGUCCCUGCUGAUCUUUUUGCCAUCAACGCCGCAGAAACACUGAACGUGACUGAAAAAACUGAGGCUGGCAGGAGAAGUCCCCAUGGAAUUAUGGAAAAUGAGAGGAGCAGGGACAGUGCAGUUGAUGCUGUAGAGGUGGCUGGUGCAGCAGAAGCAGAGCAGGGAGGAUCUCAGGGGAUGGACACCCCUAAAAGGAAAAUCAGCCUUUCCAGAUCCCGAAAUAAAGGUGUGUCAUCCUUUCUGCUGGGCAAUAGUGGCACCAGGUGACAAUUUCUGUGGGAAUCAUGGUGAGCAGCUACAGCUCCCUUGUCCUCAUGGAUCAGAAGCUACCCUCAGCCUCCAUUUCUCAUUAUAUUUUUGGGUUUUCACUGGGAGAGUUUUGCAAUGUGCAGUUUUGUAGAGAUACAAUGAAGAUUCUUCAUCCUGACUUCAUGGCUAAAGGAUAUCAUGUCUGGAUAUCUAAAUGGAAACCCAAGUAGGAUCUAUCUAAAUGGAAACCCAAGUAGGAUCUGACUUGGAAUUAUUGGUUUGUCCAUUAUGGAUUUAAUUAAUCCACCAUUAAAUACAGUCAAAUAAUUGUGGUUUUCCUCAGAAAGCAAAACACCCAUUUAACCAAAUGAUGGGUUUCUGUACUUGUUAACAUUCUUUUUAAAUAAAACAUAUAGAACAAUAUCUUUGCAGAUCAAGUAAUAGAUAGAUUGAGCCUAAAUACCAAAACAGGUAUAUUCUUCAGUACUUUGAUUUAUUCCAAUUUCUUACGUCAAAAUGUCCAGCAGGAGCUGUGCACAUUUUGAUAUUUGUUGAGGAUGAGAGGCUUCUUCAGAGAAAAACUUGAGGUUUCUUUACGUUUUCCUUUUAUGAGAGGAUCUAAUUUCUGUUGGUUGGAUUCUGUGUUUAUUUGUGUCAAAACCUGUUAUUAUUUCUAUGUCCUAUGAGCACAUUUUACAUGUAACAUAUAAAAUGUAAAUUGUACACAAAGGUCUUUGAAUCUUGCCCAGUCUAUUUUUUUUUAAGUAUUUUAAGUAUUUCUUUCAUUUACUGCAAUGAAAACAGCCAGGAUUUUUCUGUAAUAAAACAUAUUGACAUCUCAAGAAAA